ACAGUUAUGUGGCGCGCAUAUCUCCUGCUGUUUUUCUUUUCUCAACUAUGUUCCUGCAUUUCUUAACAUGACUUCGAUGUCGAACACAGCGAUUUACAUAUUCAUCUUGGCGUUCUUCAAGAGUGCUGUUUGCCAAGUCUGCCGGCCACAUUCCAUCGAAGCCUGCUACGGAGCGAUCGCUAUGAGCCUUCUGCGCGAUUUGGUGAAACCGCCGUUUGGAGAAAUUGAGCUCGAUGCCAGUAUGCAAACAAUCUGCAAAAAACGUUUCCCCAGUGUGUCCCGAUGCAAGUCCCUUGUAAAUGACUGCCCAAAGGAGCAGAGAGAAAAUUUCACAAAUCUAGAAAACAUCUACCGGGGUUUUCACAACGCUGUCUGCACUCAAGAUUCUUUUGACGGUCUCCGCAGUCUGUGGGAUUGCCUCGAUCGGCCACGCAGAAAAAGAUGCGACAAGGACACUGACACCUUAUUCAGUACCAAUUCUCUGUUCUUACACUGCCAGACGGCUCGAAACUACAGCGCGUGUCUCGAAGAAGUCACAAGAGACUGCCCUCCGAAUUACGACGAAGGUAAAAAGGCGCUGAAGAGGAUAACGAAUGGAACGGUGGAUACUUUGUGUUCGUCGUGGAGAGACCUCCAGGCGACACCUUCAUCACUACCGGAAGGAAAUACUGCAAAUUUUACGGAUCUCUUCGAACGUCAACAUACACUUAAAACGAGCCGCGGUGAUGCCACCACGGUACAUUCCCUGUUCAACGGAUCAACAACGAUGACAAGCGAGCUGCCGCACAUGUCUGUAACAUCACAAAUUUCCUCGGAAAAUGUCACUGCUGGGAAUCCAUCCUUGUGCUUGGACGCAGCAGGAACUUCUGGCACAAAGUGCAAUGACUCUAACGUCGUGGCGCCGUCAAGUGCUACAUCUGUGUCGGCCAUCGCUUUCAUGUAUUGUGCAUUUGUUUGCGCAUCUUCAUGGCUUACCCUACUAAACCUAUGAAGCAGUUUAAAGGCAUUAUUUACUUUCCUUGCCCUGGCACACGCAUUACGCGCUCAUUGUGCAUCAGCACCAGUACAGGAAGACAUCAGUGGCAGAAUAUCGAAGGCUGCACAAACCUUGUAAAUGCCUUUCUUGCGAUCCUGUAAGAGCAUUUCUGACACCUGUACUGAAUCACGAAAUUUGGCGAUUGCAUAUCGAACACUAGGCUACAAUUGAGAGGGGUUCCCGGUACUUCAGAUAGGAUCUUCAACCUUUCAUUAUUUUUAUGACUGCUGUUGCAAUUACCCUAACUCGCAUAUUUAACCGAAUGGGUGGCUUUUCACGCUUUAUUGUAGCUUGCCUUUGAUGUAAAAAUGUCCAUGCUGAAGUUUUUCGGCUACAUUAGUUUUGAAUGUAAGUUUAACUAAGAACUGUAUUAUUUUUUUUUUAUUUUUCUGAUUAUUAACAAGCUCUGGUCCUGA